GGUGGCAGCCGGGACUUCGGCGGACUGUGUGCCUGCGCUGAGGAAAGGUGCGUGUCCCCAGUGUCCGCUCCGGUCGCCCGGUUAGGAAUGCGCCUCACGAACCCGGUGUGUGCUGUAGUAUUUGACGAAACGCCAGUGGGGACCGCGGUUUAAGAAGAGUCAUGGUUUGGCACUGCUUGUACCAUUAGUUUCUCGGCGUGUGAGCUUGAUUCAUUGAGCUAGCUAGUCGUUAGCCCGCUUCGUUGAUUCAUACGCACGCUAGCUCGCUAGCUUCAGUCUGUAGCAUACCCGCUAGCCGGUUAGCCAAUCCAGAGUCGAGUAGGAGAGGACCAGACUGACUGCUGAACUCAGCCGGCGUUUCGGGGAGAAGCGGCGGCGGCGGUGGUGGUGGCAGGAGGGGGCCGGGAGAACGCGACGGGGUGGAAGUGAGUCAGGAGCGGCUGAUGAGUUCAGACCAGAGCGGAGAGCCGCCGCUGCUGCAGGAGGAGGCUGAUCCCGGACCGAAGACCGGUGGGAAGGACGAGGCUCCGCUGGGGAGCGAGGGAGGGUCAGGCGGCAUGGUCACCUUCAAGGGUGCUGGUUUGAAUCCUAAUGCCAAGGUGUGGCAGGAGAUGCCCGUGGCCCCCAGCGAGACCGUUACCAGCAACCCUCAUUGGUCUCCCUCGGAUCUCAAUGAGGGUUAUUCUGAGCCUCCGUCUGCUGGGUGCAAGCAGUAUACCGUGGGAUUCCCGGUCCUGGAUAACAGCAGCUCCACAGCAACAGCUGAGAUAGCAGUAAAUGGAAUGGACCCUCCAGAGUUGGGCUUUUCCCCCGCUGAGUCUACAACAGGGACCUCAGUGGAUUCAAAAACGGAAGAACAGCCAAUCUCUUCUGAGAAUUUGCGAGAGUCUCUGAAGAAAGAACUGGAGUAUUAUUUCUCCAGAGAGAACCUCUCAAAGGAUUUGUACCUGAUGUCCCAGAUGGACAGCGAUCAGUUUGUCCCUAUUUGGACUAUUGCCAGUAUGGAGAGCAUUAAAGUCCUCACUACAGACAUGGACCUCAUUCUGGAUGUGUUGAGAUCCUCUCCUAUGGUACAAGUGGAUGAGAAAGGGGAGAAAGUGCGUCCUAAUCACAAGCGGUGCAUUAUCAUUUUGAGAGAAGUUCCCGAAACCACGCCUGUUGAGGAAGUGGAGUCAUUGUUCAAAAAUGACAACUGUCCAAAGGUUAUUAGUGUCGAGUUUGCACACAACAACAACUGGUACAUCACAUUCCAAUCGGACACAGAUGCUCAACAGGCGUACAAGUACUUGAGAGAAGAAGUAAAAACAUUUCAGGGAAAACCCAUUAUGGCCAGAAUAAAGGCCAUCAACACAUUUUUUGCAAAGAACGGCUACCGUAGCAUGGACAGCAGCCUGUACGCUCAGCAGUCCCAGAGCCAGUCCCAGUACAGCUCUCCACUCUACAUGCAGCACGUCUACCCCCAGCAGCAGUACCCCCUCUACGGCAUCGUACCUCCCACCUGGACACCUUCGCCCACACCGUACUUUGAAACGCCUCUGGCUCCGUUUCCCAACAGUAGCUUUGUGAAUGGAUUUGGCUCUGCUGGACACUACAAGACCAGCUCCAGUUCUCUUAAUAUCACUCGCCCAUUCAACAGAAGCCGUGUACCCCUCUAUUCAAGAAAGAAUGUAAUAAAUGCCUUCAGAAAUCACGUGAAGCCCCAGGUGAGGCCAAACGACGUGACCUCAGCAUCCAUAACACCGGUCCCACUGGAAAGCCUGACCGGACUGCGAAGCCCGCAGCCUCCUGCUCCCAACGCUACUGCCGCCGUCUCCACUACUAACACAGUCCAGACAACCACUGACUUGACCAUGGCAUUCUCGCAUCUACCCCCCUCUUCCUCAUUGGACGCCAGCGAUGACAGUGGCGUAGCUGGACGUGGAAGACGUACGACCUACAGAGGAACACGGAGGAGGCGAGAAGAAGAACGGAUUACGAGGCCUGUACCCUUAACAGAGGUCAAGGUUUCACCACCCAAGUUUGACCUGGCUGCUACCAACUUCCCUCCUCUUCCAGGCUGUGUGGUCAGCACACAGGGGGAGCCAGUGUUAGAAAACCGGAUGUCGGAUGUAGUACGUGGUUUGUACAGGGACAAGGCAGAACAAGCCAAUAAAGAAGCCACUGUGAGUCCAGGUUCAGGUCAAGUCGCAGAGGAAGCUGUGGCUGUCAUAAGUCCUGCCCCGGCAGCAGCAAAAUCUGCUACUCAACCACUUGGACCUUCAGCCUCUGGUACCGUUCGUCAGGAGAAGAGAGUCGAACGGGUGGAACCUACGACUCAAAAAGCAACUCCACGCACACCUGUCAAAACUCCCGGCAACCCCGCCUCCACACAGCCUGUGCCUAGCUCCAGGCCUCAGACCUCUGCUGCUUCCACACCAGCCACACCCAGCACAGCUGCCCCUGCGACAGCCGCUCUUCCCACCCCUGCACAGGAGCCCCGUAAACUCAGCUACGCCGAAGUGUGUCAAAGGCCACCCAAGGACCCUCCCCCUGCGUCCCCUGCCCCAGCCACCCCUAGCACCGCGUCAGGCCAGCCGCUACGUGAAUUGCGCGUGAACAAGGCCGAGGAGCCGGGCUCCAGCAGCAGUCCUGGAGACAAGCACGAGAGAAGCCACGACAGGGAGGGGGGAUGGGAAUGCAAGGAGAGCCGGCCACCACGUGAACGUGACUCUCAAGGCUACCACCGCAGCAAUGGCCCCAGGGGCACCGGGGGCCUCAAGUUUCGGGACCAUAGGCGUCCUCCACCAGCCCGACGCAGCUCCCCACAGGGAGGAUACAGGCACACUGGAAAAGAGCAGAACAUCCCACCAGUAUCGCCAAAAUAAAAACUUGAUAUCAAUAGAAAAAGAUGUAUGAAUAUAUACAUGGAUAUAUAUAAUUAUAUAAAAAUAAAUAACAUAAAAGCAACAACAAUUAUGGUAGCCACCUUCCCCACCCCCCUGGAACAUGUCCAAAGAGAGGCUUUUAAAGUGGCAAUGAGACUGACAUCCAGGACUUAUGGGCAAAAUGACACCUGAAGAACUUUGACGAGUGAUUGGAAAAGAAACAAAAACGUCGUUUUGGCCUUCAGAAAUACGCUUAAAAGAAUUUAAGUGUGACUUACCUGAAGGUUGUUGAUUCGAUCAUGCUCUGCUAGGGAAAGGUGGGAUGCUGGGUCUCGUAAAUGGCCCUCUACCUUUUUUUUUUUUUUUUUUUUUUUUUUUUUUUUUUUUUAAAUUAAAGAAUAGAUGUUGGUCUGCAAGAACAAUAUGCACUAAGAAAAAAAGAACAUGCAUAUAUGUCAUGUACAUAUACAAAGAUAUCACUAACACGCAAUGAGACAUCAGUUCUUGUUUUUUUUUUCUCUUGUGUGCUUAGGUUUGCAAGUAUGACUGAAGGGUUGACUGAUGUCUGUGAAUGCAUCGAUUGUUAAGCUAAAUGACUGAAGUGCUGCAGGGUGCUGUCGCACUGAUGUAAUGAUAUUGAGAACGUUUUGAUUUUUACAGCAGAGAUUCUGAAUCGUCCUGAAACGGGACAAUGUGGUCUUCUAAUGUAUAUGAAUGAAUUGUGUUCUAUGGUGGUAUUUUGAUCCUGGUUCAUGAUUGGCUUAAACGCUCUCCGUCAGAUUAUCAGAAGCUGUUGACAUGCGCCGCAGUCAGAUGUGUGAUUUUUAUUCGAAGCCCGGAUGCUCUGUAAAGGGGGGGGGGGGGCUGGCUCACUGGGCCUCACUGGGCUGUUAGCCACGGUGAACCUGCUAGCCUGGUCCAAAGUUUUUCACGUUGAGUUUUACGUGUUUUGAGUCUGUUCCCGAUGAAUUCAGAAUAUCGUCAUGUUGAUUAUCAGUCAGGUUCUCUGUUUACAUGUUUUGUUGUUGGUUUUGUUUUUUGGGGGGGUUUGUGUGUUUUCAUGAGGAAAAACAAAUAGGUUUAUGCUAAGAUUUGACUGCUUGGUGCGCCCAGUGGUUUUAGGCAAGGUUUGGCUUUUCUACAUCAUCGUCAUCAUCACGGGAUAUCCAGGUUAAGCUUAUAUCUGUGAAUUUGUUCUUAACAAUGGCAUAACGUCAAAAAAAAUAGACUGAGUGCUGUUAGCUAAUGAUGAUAGCUAUUUACUAUCAGGCAGCCAAGUUGUGGGUAUAAAGGAAAUUGGAAUAUUUUCACGUGCUACGUGCCAGCUGGCUGCGAUUAUAGUGUGCUAGGAUAAAGUUUAGAUUUUUUUGAUGAGGUCUGCUAAUGUAAUCUUUGGGGGAACUCUUUGGCCCAGUGAAACUGGAUUUUGAAAAAGCUGUAGAGGUGUAGUAACCUAUGCUAUAUUGUAAUAAACCCUUCACUAGAAACGUGUGUGGGAGAAUGUAAUUGUUCUAGUACUGAAUUUACGGAGGGAGGCUUUUGACCAGUCAAUCCACCAGAUUGUUUUGUGCUUUUAGGGUGAGUUUGCUGUUUUGUUCUUUUUCCCCUUUUUUUUUUUUCUUCUAAGUUUUGGAAAACAAACAGAUUAACUUAGAAUUUGAAGUUUGACUCACUGUAUGUAUUGCUUUCUUAAAUUUAUUUAUUUUAAUUCUAAUGCGCAGCGCUUUUCUCCCAAUCUUGGUAGGCUGGUUUCCCCAAAGUUGUGUGAAAUCGCAUUGGCAAAAAUAAAAAAAUCACAUAUGACAUUUCUGUACCGAUCAAGAUGUCAGCUGAGAGAAAAUACUUGUUGCGUUGACUUUGGGAUUAGUAAUGCAGUAAACGAGUAUCCAAUCACUGGAGCUGUUUUUUUUUUUUUUUUCUUUUUCAUAAUAAGUAUGAGCAGCUAGUGAUUUAGUAUAAUUAAAGAAAUGCACUAACUUUGUUUUUAAAAAGAAUCUUACUCAUGAGUAAUGUGAAAUCAUUUUAGAAGCAUAUGGUUGAUGUUGACAGGCUUGCAAAAAUACCUACAGGAUUUGCUCCCCCCCCUCAAUAUGUUUGGGUUAUUUUCUGUUAAUUUGGGUUGGGGUGGCAAAUGGAAAUGUAGUCAUGAAUCAACCAAGUGUUUGAGACACAAUCUUAGAACUGUAUGAAAUGUCACCAAAAAUAAAUUAUUUUGAUUUGG